CCACUCGAGUAUUUCACUGCAGCGCGCAUCCUGGGUGGCUGCAACUCUUCAAUUACCGUGCCCAGGAGACGUGCAGAUUGGACGUGCAAAGGGCAUUGAACAGAGAGAGAGAGAGGCAUUGGCAUGGCUAUGCUGUCCUGUCCUGUUCUCUCCUCUUGCACGGCAUGCUGCGGCCCAGUCGUCAUAAUUUUGCUUGGUGAAUUGUCCGGCGUGCCUGCAGAGCAGGUGAUGCCCUCUUCACGCCUGAUCCCUGCCCCCCUCCUGCGACCUCACCACCACCACCACCACCCCCUUCGCCAACACGUCCCAGACGCAUGGCCCUGAGCCUGCAUGUCCUGUGCAGAACACUGCCUAUCGCUCUCAUCGUGCCUCGCGAUGGGGCC